CGCAUGUGUGUGGAGAGAUGAGCGAAACUACGGGUCGAACUCUCUUUGCGUUUGGUGCCGCAUCAGCCGGAGCUCUGGCCCUCUGGUGGCUGUGGCAGAGUAGAUCAGAGACUCCGCUCGACCUUUCGGCGUUCCAGCGACCAGUUGCAAGGGUUUCCAAGCUGUGGCUCUAUCCCGUGAAAUCUUGCAAAGGGGUGGAACUUACCAGCGCCCAGGUCGGAGUAAGAGGGCCUCAAGUAUGACAGGAGCUGGGUGAUAGUGGACAAGAAUGGCUGUUUCAUGACGCAACGACAGCACCCCAAGAUGGCUCUAAUCUGUCCCCGAGUGGAGGCGAGGCGGACCCCAGGAGGGGAAGAGGAGGUCACACUGCACCUGAGUGCCCCAGAGAUGCCCGACCUGACCCUCAAGACCCCUCCUCCCAGUGCUCCUACUGAGCAGAUUCGUGUGUGGAGAACAUUUGGUGAGGCUGUGGACAUGGGUAGGGAGGUGGCCCUGUGGCUGGAGGAGUACCUGGGGGAAGAGGGGUUCAGGCUGUUCUACAUGUCCCCUCACCACAAGCCAAGAGAGCUACUGGCUGACGGCGAGUGGAGAGAUCUGUGCAGCGAGGGAGAAGUGUCAGGAUUUUCUGACCUGUCUCCGGUCCUCAUGAUAUCAGAGGCAUCACUGAAGAGGCUCAACAGCCACCUGGACACCCACCUUCCCAUGCAGAGGUUCCGACCCAAUAUUGUCAUCUCAAACUGCCAGCCACACCAAGAGGAUGAGUGGAAGGAGCUAAGAAUUGGUGAUACACUCCUCAGGAACAUAAAACCUUGCCAUAGGUGCAAGGUGACUACUGUGAACCAUGAAAAGGGAGAGUUUGCAGGACAAGAGCCUCUGGAGACACUGAGAAAGUAUCGACUGUAUGAGAUGGUUCACCAGAAGGUCGACAAACGGUUUGGUAUAAAUCCGCUGUUUGGAACAAAUUUUGGAGUUUUGAAGACUGGAAAUCUUGCCGUGGGAGACACUGUCUCUAUCGUCUGAUUAACCCUUAGCCAGCCACGGGCAUAUAUAUAUGCCCAGAGGAGAUAGAGGAGAUUUGAUACCCAUGGCGUCCAAAGGGAUAAUUAUUAAUGAACAUUGAACAUUCAUUACUGAACGGCCACACAUACCGUAACGUUUUACUUUAACCGACAGCCAGCAGGCAAGGUCAAAUUUACCUGCUAACGGAGUCCAUAAGUUUCAUCUCCAUGUGUGCUAUCGUUAGAAUGUUUGAGGAGCGAAAAAAAUACCUGAAGCUAUUUGAAACAAUAUGUGGUACAGCUGGCAGGAGAACAGCCAAGGAGCGGGAAACAUGCCUUUCUCGCCACAAGGGAGCAGCAACUAUCACGAGACAGAGCUCGCAGGAGGCAGCGUCUUGCUUACACGCAAGGAGUGGAAAACACGCCUUUCUUGCAACUGUGCAGGCAUGGCGUGCAGCCAAAACAUCACACGC